CUUACCCUGCCUCACAUCAUAGACCUUGGCCAGAUUGGGAGGCUUGCGCGGCAGCCUGGAGACCUGCCCCUAGAGUCUGGCGGUGGACCCGGGGUCUCUCCUUACCUUCAGCUGAGUUGUAGCCCCAGGUGGGGCGGGAUGAAGGGAAGGCCGCAUUUAUGAGGUCUGGGUUUUGAGUCGGCUGUCUGUCCUCCUCUCCCAGGACAGACUUCCAGGCUUCCACCUGAAUUCGUUCUCUCUCCUCGGUGGUGAAGAGAACCUGCAAGAGCUGUCGGCAUCAUCCCAAGUAGGCUGGUGGGUAAAGAGAACAGUAUCCAAAAGCCCGAUUAGAUCUCUCGGAUUAUCAGAGAACUUUGCAUUUUGGGUUUUCCAAUUACAUAAAUCACUGGUGGAGAAUGGCCAAUAUAACAUUAGCUGUUCGCCAGUCUCAUCGGGGGGCCCAUGGUGCGGAGAGGAAGGGCGGUGGAGUCGGCUGGCCCCGCAUUCGGAGGUGGGGCCGUCCGGUGGGUCCGACCUCGUGUCCCUGCUGCUGGCCCGUGUACAGAGACUCCCUUGUCAGGGAGGGGUGGUGCCCCUUCUGCAGCCCCCGGUGUCUCCGAUGGAGGGGCGGAAGGGGGAGGGGGUGCCCGGUAGGGUGGCAGGAGAAUCAGGUCCUCUGGGGAGGAAUCCUGGAAGACCAGAUAAAGGGGCGCUUGGGCAUAGAGUCGGUCUCCUUCUCAGCUUUCCGCAGGGCUAGAAUCUCGGUGGGUCCUGCUUUGGGGGGUAAAAAUGGCUUUAGCCUAGGAGGGGGAUUUUCGGUCAUGUCCUGCCAGGCCAGGAUGUUGGGCACCUGGUCAGGGUGGCCAUCCGGUUUGUCCCUGAAGAUCACGGCCUUAACCUGUAAGAUAAUAGUUAUGGCAGUUAACAAAGACACAGUAACACAGACAAAUGCACAAACAGUUAACAAGGACAUAGUAACACAGACAAACGUUCCAGUGUGGCCGCAGAGACAAAACAGAAAGCAACCCGAAGGCCUGGAAGCCGGCCCUCCUUACAGUCACAGAGAGAGAGAGAGAGAGAGGCAGAGACACAGGCAGAGGGAGAAGCAGGCUCCAUGCACCAGGAGCCUGACGUGGGACUCGAUCCUGACUCUCCAGGAUCGCGCCCUGGGCCAAAGGCAGGCGCCAAACCGCUGCACCACCCAGGGAUCCCUGAAUGCUGGUAAUUUUAUAAAAGACUCAUCUCACCUUGAAGAAAUAACAAGUUAUCAUACCUACUCAUCUUAAAUUCAACUAAAACUUUUAAAAAGGAAGUGAUUUAUACUAAAUUGUCAUUUGAUUUAUAAUUGUGAAAGCUGUGGGAAAUAUAAUUUAGCCUCUAUUAGCAGUGUGCUCUAGUGAGAUCAUUAAAACUAAACUAUAAUUCCUGAAAACAGGAAACAAUAUUGGAGGUUGAAGAAUAUGUUACUGACCUCUUGCAAGCUCAUGACUUAUAUUCAUCAGUAAAUGAAUCCUGAACUUGUCUUCCUAUUCAUAUUUAAAAUAAGACUCAUGGAGAUUUUUUUCAAUUGGGAGUAAAUUGAUUGAAAUAGCAUCGUAGAGUUUCCUUUUUGUGAACCAUAACAAAAUGGUCAAAGUAACUUAAAGAUUUUAUUUAU